GCUGACGCUAAGGAAGUUGUGAAGGUGUUUCAAACGCCAAACGUCCGCGCAGUUCAGAAUCAGCCACCUAACCGCUUGGUGUUGCAAUUGUCAAGUGCUCACGAAGAGGACAAAAUCAAAUUCAGUUGCCUGCAAUGCAAUUAAUUAUAUUUCAAGCAGUCUUUCUGGUAAUCUGCUGGUCUCAAGUGGUCAGCAGUCAUGUGUUUGGCUACUCGGAGCCCAACCAGCGUCGCUGGGCGCGUCAUCAUGGCCACUGUGCCGGCAAGACGCAGUCGCCGAUUGCCAUCACCUCCAGCCAUACAAUACCCGUACAUAUGCCGGCUGUGGACAUGAUUGGGUAUCACAAUCUGUUGCCAUAUCCGUUGAAACUGAUAAACAAUGGUCACACCGUCACCAUUGGCAUACCCAAAGGAAAUCUGAGCGAAGAGACGGACGAGUUUGUGCCUUAUGUGAGGGGUGCCAAGCUGCCAGGAGAGUUUGAGGUGGAGGGAUUGCAUUUCCACUGGGGCGACAAGAACAAUCGGGGCUCGGAGCAUGUUAUCAAUGACAUACGCUACACAAUGGAAAUGCACAUUGUGCAUCGCAACAAGAAGUAUGCCACCCUGGGAGAGGCACUCAACCACCCAGAUGGUGCUGCAGUCCUCGGAUUCUUUUUCAAUUUGGAUGAGGAUGAGGGCCAGGGCCUGGUAACCAUUAAUCGCCAUUUGCAUUUGAUCGCUGAUGCCAAUAAGGAGGCAGCGCUUAAUGUCACUUUUUCUCUAUCAUCGCUAAUAGCCAAUGUGGAUGUGGACAAGUUCUACACUUACAAGGGCUCGCUUACCACGCCACCCUGCUCGGAGGCAGUCACCUGGAUUCUGUUUCCCGAUCCAAUACCAAUUUCACCCAAACAGAUUUCCCGGUUCCGCCAGCUGACGGAUACACAAGAUGGCGCUUUAGUGGACAAUUUCCGGACCCUGCAGCCAGUUGGCAAUCGACGCAUUUUUGCACGCACUGGACACGUGCGUCACACAUCGAUUGCAGCUUUAAAGCAUGAGAGCGAUUACCUCAAGUACGAUUGGUUCUACUGAGCAGCAGACUGAAAAUUCCGAGGGCUCGGAAUGCUCUGUGCCAUGCUAUAUUAGACUAUGUUUAGCUUUUGCAUUUAUUAUUUAACUGUAACAGUUAGCAGUAAGCUGAUCUUUCUCAAUAAGUAAAUAAUUCUACACUA